AUGACGACCACGGCGCUGAGAGAAGCUACAUCGGCUCUCAUGGCUACCAGGUAUCGACAUCGUAUGCUGCCAGCAGUAAUCAAGGCUUCUCUGGGCCUGGUAGGGGAAGACUGGGACGUCCUGGGAACGGUAGGACCCCUCUUCGGGCAUUGCCAGAUGCCAACACCAACUGGAUCAGUAGAGGCGCGAAGGCUGGGACAAGUCAUUGGCCGACAGCCAUCACAAUACUUGUCUCUCCUUCUUGAGUUGCAUUCUAACAAUAAGUUUAUCACAGUCAGCGACAGUGGCGGUAUCAUAUCUAGUGCUAUCGCAAACGCAGGGAAGCUUCCCCAGGGACAAGAGAACGUUAGCCUUUUGCAGCAGCACUCUUCCACACCCAAGUCCACCCCAACCUCUGCACAGUUCACCUUCACGUGUGAUUCUCAAGUUCCAGGGACCGUUCAGUGGCCAGGCAACGCUUCUCGAGACGACACGGUAGAGCAAGACCCCGGCAUGCAGUCUAAUGGAAGCCCGAACAACAGUACAAGCAACGAUGUUUCACAAGGUGCAACGAGCCGCCAGGCCUCCCAGUCAUUCAGGAGGACUCGUCCUCAGCUGGAUCGGGAAUUGAAGAUGGCGGCACGUCAUCGACGACAGAUUGCGGCGGAAAAAUUCGAAGAAAAUCCGCCAAAACCUGAAGACAUGUGGAUUUGCGAAUUUUGCGAGUAUGAGAGGAUCUUCGGCCAACCCCCCAAAGUUCUCAUCCGGGCUUUUGAGAUAAAAGACCGCCGUCAUCGCCGCGAAGAAGCUGACCGGAAGCGGCUUUUGGAGAAGGCAAAAGCUAAAAGUAGGAAGAGCAAGAAGCCCAACAGGUCCCUUCAUAAGGGCAGCAACAGCGGACAGCACCAUACUGAUCACAUGCGAUCGGGCUAUACUGAUGAUCACCAAGCAAGCCGGAUGCACCUUGGACACAGCCAUUCGACUCAAUCCGAAGAGGAAUAUGAUGAAGGGCUCACCGACUGCUGUGUCCACUCGCAACCAUGUCCUGAGCAUCAAGAAGGAGAUGGAGGCGGGACUGACGGGCAAGAGGAAGCCGUGUCGUAG